AUGGUCCGCUCCCGACAAUCGCUCACGAAGGCUCCGCGCGGUCCAUUUCUCGCACUUUGUGCUCGACUCGAAAAAACACCCACUCUCUUUUCAUUGCGGCGCUCCGAAACACGGGCCUACCGCGACCAGUUCGCUGCCCUACUCGCGCGGCACACGAAGGGCAGCCCAAUCGAUCUUGGGCGGGAACCCUUCGCUGAGUUCGUCAAACAAUGCAAGAAAUACGAUGCAAACCUACCGAAACGACUUCGUGCAGCUUUGUCAUAUCGCACGAAGAAGGCCAACAGCCAGAGGCGGACUCACGCUCGGCUCGUCUCCAAGCUUGGGCUCGGCCCUGCUUCUGAGGCAGCCAAACUGGCCGCCUUUCAGAACGUUGUCCCCACGAUCCACCUGCGCUGCUUGAAGAAGGCCGAUCCUGACCUCUUCAAAUGGGUCUGCGAGUCUCCCGAGACCAAAGGUGUAUGGGAGGCUUGGGUCAACGACAAACCGCUAUCUGACAAGAGGCACUCGCGCCGCGAGAUGAUGGUCGAGGAUCCUGGGCAGCUAGCCUACAUCGUUGCUGCAGACCAGAAUGCUAUCAUCCGCGACAGCAACACAGGCGAGAUCAUAUGUGUGGUUAUCUGCGACUUCUGCGCUGAUAUUGAGGUUGUCGCGUGGCUGGGUACUGACAAGCUGCAACAGAAGGAGGAUACGGGGAAGCUGGUCCUCGUCGGCUACUCAGCUGGUUCCCGCUCGCAUCCCUGCUUCGAUUGGACGCGGAACAUCCUCUCGAAGAAGCAUACAGCAGAAUUCCUCCGCAGCCACGACAUGGCUGUCUCAUCCUCCCUUGCGCUAUUCUGGAACAUGAUGCGCGCUCGUCUUCCAAGUGAGCUCCUGGCUGACCUCGACAAGUAUCUCGAGUCUAACCAACUCUGCCGCAUGGAUGCAAACCACACGAUGGGUGCAACGAAUGAUGGGCAAGGUGAGUAUUACAUUCAGAAGGGAGCUAAGGUGGUUGGAUUUGCGCAUGAGCAACUCGCACCACCAGCAGCAGUCAUGGGUGCCAAUUAUGCGCGGUCAAUUCACUGGGAGCACCAACCUCAUUGCUUUGCAUAUUCCUGGACAACAGGCCGGAAUACAAGCGAGGGUGGUAGCUUCUAUAUCGCUACACAUGGGAUCAAGAUCGAGCAAUCUGCGAACACCUUCAUUGCUUGGCAACCGCGCCUCGCUCAUGGGACAAGCAUGCUUGCAUGCGAGCCUGGCCAGACUGUGCCACCUUUCGCACAAGAAGGUCUGAGCAUCGUCAGCAGCAUGCGCCUUGCGGCGACAUGGAAGCGGUAUCAUGAAGGGCUUAUUUCGGCUGAGCAGGCUGCUAAGGAAUAUGCAGAUAGUUUAGAAGAUGGUAUAGAGGAUGGUCAAGAUGGUACUAGUGCUUGA